CCAUCCCUCACGUGGACUCUUUGGUCCACCCCUUCACUGGUUCUUUUCUUUCCGACUCUAGUUUGUUCUUUCCCAUCCUCUCUACCCUAUAAAUCGUGAUCCAUUCUGUAUGUUAUUGCACAAACUCUUCUUCAACAAGAUCUUUGGAUCUCAGUUCGUUUGAUCUCAAUUUGUGUGUAUAGUAUCUCAUUAACUAAGAUCGAUCAGUGGUAGUGUAUGCAUCAUGGGGGACUCCUCUGCUAAUUCGUAUAUACAUAUGGUGCAACACUUGAUAGAGAAGUGCCUGACCUUCCACAUGGGCAAAGAGGAUUGCAUGGAAAGCCUUUCUAAACAUGCAAGUAUCGAUCCAGUCAUCACUUCCACAGGAUUUACUAAUGGAGCGAACCAUCUAAUUACGAGGUGGAGAAGCUCCUCUAUGUGGUUUCGUAUAACUGGUAUAUGGAGACAGGUGUUUAGGGAUAAGAUUCGUCACCCUCGUUGUUAUUAAUAGGGUAAAAGUCUUAUGUGGUAUACUGCUAGUGUGAUAGGACAUUCCUUGGCUAGGGAAGAUUGAUUAUUAGGAAAUGUAUUUCCCGAGGUGUCAUCUAGUCAUUCUAAUAAGAUCUAACACAUAGUUACCGAGUUUGUGAGUUUAUCAUUCUAUGAGUUACUCGGUCGGGACGUUAAGUGAUGGAAGGAUUAUAGCACAUGGUAAUUGUUAACUAUAAUAUAUAGGUUCACUUUAAGUGAAAAUUCAUUGUCUUCUACAUUGUCUUGAACCGCUACUAGGCGCUUCUCAGUAUCUCUCGGAUCAACACUGGGAUAUGGAGAGAUUCAUAUGAUGGGUCAAGGGGUUGAUCAAUGC